UUCAGAGUUGAGUGACAUAACUUAACCCUUUUUCUUCACAUCUCUCUUCUCAAAGUCGCAACACGAAGGAAGAAGAAGAAGAAGAAGAAGAAGAUCCCGGAGAAUAAUAUGGCUACGGCGAUUGUACGUUCAGCUCUUUCCCGAGCAGCGAUCCGCGUAACUCCCAAAACAUCCGUCGCUCCUAAACGAAGCUUCUCCUCUUCCGCCGGCCAUGACGAUGCUUAUGAAGCAGCGAAGUGGGAGAAGAUAACGUAUUUGGGUAUUGCUAGUUGCACUGCUCUAGCCGCCUAUGUUUUAUCCCAGGGCCAUCAUCACGGUGAAGACCCUCCUGCCUAUCCGUAUAUGCACAUCCGUAACAAGGAGUUUCCUUGGGGUCCAGAUGGUCUGUUUGAGGUGAAGCACAAUGAUGGGCACUGAGUCUUGCGUGUACACAAUAACGUCUUCUUUGGUUUAUUUGAAAGGCUAAAUGCUCUACCGUAUUUGUUCCUUAACGUUUGUUUGUCAACGAUUUGCUACUUCAGUCUCGUUUCUUUUGUUGGGAAUAAGAAUUUAUACUCUGCUUGGUUUAUUAUCCAAGACUUAUGUCCUUCAAAUC